AUGGCACCAUCAACUUUAAAGAAAAACUCAACUGGAAGACACCAUAGACAAAAAUUGCAGUCAAAGUUUAGUUCAAAUAAUGACAAGUUAGGGUACAAAAGAUCAAGUUUUGUUACUAUGUUCGAUUCACCAGUGAGCAGUAGACAUUCGCGAAAAAGCUUAUCUUCACUGGACUCCUCCUCCUCUGGACAAUCCUUAGAAUCAUUAGAGAGAGACAUAUACUUAGAGGAAUCCCAAAGUGAACAAAUUUUCAACCAUCUGAAGAAUUUCUCUUUUCCUUCAAGAAACCAUGUUCAAGUGAAACCUAUGGAUUCGACAUUAUCCUCUGCUACUUCCUGUGAUAUUGAUGACCCCCCAGUCAAAAUUGCCUAUUUAGAAAUGUGCAGACGUAACAGUGCAGUUUGUCCAAAGCAACAAUUGCCUUUCAAUACAUUAAAUGAUAAUAAUCCUAAUCCCUUGAACGAACCUUUGGAAUUCAACAAUACAAUUAAAAGAAAGGUGCGCCAUAGAAAAAGUCAGGCUAUCUCUUUUUCAGAGCCAAUGAAACUACAAAUUUUACAAUCUAAUAGAGAUUUUAUAAUAGAAGAGAACGACAGUUUAAAGGUUAAAGAUUGGCCUUCUUAUGAUUCUUUACACACCAUGAAUGAUUCUUUCGAUCCUAUUAAUGGGCCAAGUUAUAUUGAUGAUCCAAAGUAUUAUACACACAAAAUUUCUCCUGAUUCCACUAUUCGCAACACAAAAGAACAAAUUCAUUUGAAUAAAAGUGGAACUUUUAGCAAUUUGAGAGAGUUUGCUACUAGAAAUAAUAUUGAUAUAGAGGGGAAGAUUUUUGCGGACAGACCUGAAACGGGAGAUAAGUCUCAUCCAUUAAUCGAUCUAGAUGCUAAUUGA